AUGGCAGAUCCAGAGCUUCCUGAUUAUGCGACCACGACCGCGGCACUACCACGACCUCCUCCAGCCCCUUCUCCGCCCCAGCCUCCAACUCCACAGCGAACACCAUCUAAUCCAUGUGCGGACUAUCGACAUACUUACAGGCUGGAGAACAGCAAGGGUCAUCCGUGGCUCUAUCUCUCCUUGAACAGCCGUGCUCCGGACCAGAAAGUGUCGCCCUUAUUUUUUGACGGGGACAAGGUAGAGGGGCAGGUAGGCCUGAAUCUGCAGCGAACCGAGAACAUCAAGUUUAUUUCUAUCACACUGUGUGGAGGCGUGACGGCUGUAGGUCAAGAAGAAGAGGUAUUCUUGGAGGAGACGCAGAUCCUGUGGAUGCCAUCAGGCAAUAGUUCGGGGAGAUCUCCCUCAAAACUUCUUGGGAAGUAUACAUGGCCAUUCUCCAUCACUUUCCCCUCAUCGGUUACCGCCCCCUCAGCCACCAAAUCCGCACGAAGAUACAAACGUACGUUUAGUGCGAACCCCCCAAGUCAAGCCAGCACGGACUUCGCAGUGGCGACUAGUACGGGCUAUCCGCUGCCAAAUAGUUUCUCUGAAAGAGCGAGUCCGGUAUACGUGGAUUAUAAACUGGUUGUGACGGUUAAGAAAGGUUAUACGAUGUGGAGCAUGAAUCAGACGCUCACUGCGAAACUUGCAUAUCUCCAUCGAUCGAUUGCUGAACCCCCUUCGACGCUAUGUGUACUCGCAUAUGAAGACGGAAGACCGCCUUUAGGACCAGAAGCUGACCCUGAAGGAUGGAUAGUGUUCCCGCCGCUGAAUGUCAGCGGUACGCUCUUCGACACACGUCCUGCCAACGUUCAAUACUCUCUUUCCGUCGCAUCCCCACUGUCCUACGCAGUCGACUCCCCCAUACCCCUCCUCUUGACCCUGAAGAGUUCCGAUUCCCAAGCGCUCGACCUUUUUACGUCCCCUUCCGCCACAAAUUCCUGCUUGUUUCUAAGACGCACCGUCGCCCUUGGAUCACACGCUACCGACGAGUCCGUGCAGGCACGAAGUAACAACACGUUCACCGCCACUGUGGCCCGCGCGGUUUUCUGGCCACACGAACAAGGUAAUUCCCACGAACAUCCGAAUGACAGCGAUGUCGAUGAGAGUAAGGGUGGCGGCGUCAGGUCACUGAGAGGUGAGAUAUACAUCGCGAAGAGUGUGAAACCAAGUAUAUCGUUCCAUAGGUUCUCACUCCGUUACGACAUGGUCUUCAUUCCUCCUCAGGCCACAGGCUUCAUACCUUCCGCGCCACAAGAUGAACCGCUCCUUGCGGAACGCGUGAACAUAUCGUUGUCCAACGCACCAGGCGUGCAGCCUCGCUCUCACGCGCCACCAGGAUAUACUGAUCCGAUGGUGGGCGACUAUAACGUUACGGCUGGAUACUUGGAAAAUGGAAACCAGAGGUUUUACCACCGUCAUGGGUUCACUACAAGAUGA